AUGGUUUUCAAUAAAGAAAUUGCUCGUUUUGCUGUUGGUGUUAUUGGGAACAUCAUUGCACUCAUCUUGUUUCUUUCACCUUUGCCAACAUUUUAUCGAAUAUGGAAGAAGAAAUCAGUAGAACAAUUUUCCCCAUUUCCAUAUCUUGCUACAUUUGUAAAUUGUGGUCUUUGGGUACUUUAUGGAAUACCACUUGUACAUCCACAUAGUAUCCUAGUUGUGACAAUAAAUGGGACAGGAUUUGGCAUUGAAGUGGUGUACCUUAUGCUGUUCUUGUUGUACACUGAAAAGAAAAAAAGGAUAAAAAUAUUUCUCAUUAUUAUUAGUGAGAUUAUUUUCUUGGUUUCAAUUGCUAUAUUUGUUCUAACCCUUGUUCAAACACACAAAAAAAGAUCUACUAUUGUGGGAAGCAUUUGUAUUGUGGGCAACAUUUUGAUGUAUGCUUCUCCUUUGGCUAUCAUGAAAUUGGUGAUUACAAGCAAAAGUGUAGAGUUCAUGCCUUUCUUCCUUUCUCUCUUCUCUUUUUUGAAUGGUGUUAGUUGGACUGCUUAUGCCCUCAUUCGUUUCGACGCCUUCAUUCUCGUACCAAAUUCUAUGGGAACUGCACUUGGGCUAGCCCAACUACUGCUUUAUGGGAUGUAUUAUAAGUCCACUAAGAGACAGAAUGCAGAAAGACAGGCCCAAGUAGAAAUGGGCCCAAAAAGAGUGGGUUUGGUUGGAUGAAAACAAGUCAUUUUCUGUUUUUGGUUGUCCCAAAAAAAAAUUAUUUUCUUGAACUAGCUUUCAUGUAUCCUACUCGAUGUUCGGUAUUCAUUUUAUGAUCUUGACUCUACGGAUUUGUGUAAGUGCACAUAUAAUCUAUUCCCUCUGUUUCAAAAAGAAUGACCUUU